UUCCUGUUUUUCCUUCUCUUUCUCUUAAGCUAGAAUUGCAGAAUUGCGAGUAUUAGCAAGUAAUUACAUGGGAUAUCUCGGUGUCAUUAAGGCAGUUUGCAAAAUUUCAGUCAUAUGGAAAAAAGUAUUUUCCCUGUACCUAAUUGAAAUUAAAACAACUCACGAGGCUGUCAAUUUGCCGAAUAUGAUUUCCAUGUGUAGAUUGAUUUCUGGCCCUUUUCUUGGGUGGAUGAUUAUAAACGGAUGGUAUUUUAAUGCAUUUGUGGGAUCGGCCAUCUCCGGAGCCACUGACUGGUUAGAUGGUUACUUGGCAAGGAAAAUGAGGAUUCAUUCAGUGGUAGGAUCAUACCUUGAUCCCCUUGCUGACAAGGUUCUUAUUGGCUCUGUCUCCGUAGCAAUGGUGAAAAUGGAUCUUAUAUCCUCUUGGCUUGUUGGACUUGUCGUGCUCCGAGAUGUUGGUCUCGUAGUUGGUACAGCCUUACAAAGAGCUAGUACCUUGGGUUGGCGUUGGGAAAGUUGGUCGGAGUUUACCAACCUCGACGGAGUUCAUCGACAAAAGGUGGAACCCCUCUUUCUGAGCAAGCUCAACACAGUAUUCCAGCUGGUUUUAAUAGCUGUUGCUCUUCUUCAACCAGAAUUUGGCAACUUACAGACUGAAGUGUACAUUAAAUACAUGAGUUUGCUGGUAGCUUCGACAACAGCAGCAUCCACGGUAGCAUAUGGAGCACAAUACUUGCGAAUUUUGUGGGGGAGAUCUUGGAAUCGAGAAAACCAGUCUUCCUCUCAUGAGGAGGCGAUGAAUAGAAUUGAAUCCCUGUUUCGUGAAGAUGGCGAAAUCAUUCAUGACAUACCUUUUGGAGAAGAACGGGAAGGUUGCGAAGCACCCCUGUGUGUUGGGAGGGUUUGGUGCAACAAAACCUCUUCACGGCCCACUAUUAGGGCAGGACAGUCUGCUUCUCAGUUGAAACGCCAGAAGACCGAGCUUGUGAAAAUUUUAGAGGAAUAUCAACGUAGUUCCCCCGUCCAGGACGGUGUCAUAACUUUUGAUUCUGAUGGAUCGGGAAAUUCUCCUCGAAAGGUCACUGAGAAGACUUCCGAGGAGGAUGAUGACGUUGCGGUUGAUGAAACUAAAACAACUUUUGGAGAAGACGGCGGCGUUGUUGUCGGUGGCAUUGGAGAAAUUACUGUUGCAUACGCUGGGUUGGUUGCCGAGGCAGAUGUUGGUAAAAAGACGGAUGAUGUUGCUGCUGAGACGACUUCGGAGUGGGAUAUUGAGGCUUCUAUUGUUGAUUCGUCCUGA